AUGUCAUCUGCAAAGCGACCUUGUUCUGAGGUGGAAGGCUACGUUCAUCAAGUGUCCCCAGUACUGCAGUCUGUGAAGGCAAAAUAUUUCACUGCUGUGCUCCAGGAGGCUGACCGCAAUACUCGUGUUGUGGUAUUUGACAUGCAGCACCACAAUGUUUUUCAGUGUGUGGAGAAGGACAGGAGUCCUGUGAAACUAAGUGGGGUAAGAUUAAGCCCCUCUCUUCAAAAUCAGGGAAGAGACGAUGUCCUUGUCAAUAGCUACAGCAGAGUUUCCAUCAUUAGACGGUUACCGUUUGCUUUUGAUGGUCUGAGAGCUACCAGUGACUCCAAAACACUAAGAGACAUUGCCAAUGAUGUCAGGCAAUAUCAGCGGGUGACCGUCCAAGUCAAAGUGGUAAGGCUUUUGUUCCAGAAGCAGACCUUGACUCGCCAUAACCAGCAAGUGUUGAGGAAAACGUACCGCAUUGCUGACAAGACUCUCAGCAUGACCUUAAGUGUCUGGGGUGAUGGUCAUAUUGAUGUUGGACAUUGGUGUGAGCUGCAGAAUGUUUCUGUGAGGAAGAUUGGUACAAAGCCACGCCUUUCAACCACUCUGCAGACCAAGAUGACGCGUCUGAAGGAUUUGGGUCGUUUCAUUGAGACUGCUGAAGAUGACAUUGUCACCAUGGAGGGAGAAAUUGUCGACACCCAAAUAAGAAUGCCGCGACCAAAGAAGAGGUCAACAAUAGCCAAACGGCUAUACGCACAGAGAUGUGCAAGUACAGAGGUUCCGCCACUUCCUCUUAAAACAAUGGCAGAGGCUUCACCACCUCCUCUUAAAACAUUCAAGGUUGAGGUAACGCCGCUUCCUCAUAAAAAAAUGGCUGACUGCUCCGGCAGUUGUAAUCUUGGUGCCACCCAGCAGGUUCUCCCCUGUCCUGCAAUAAAACCGAAAGCAGUUCUAAAAGGGUCUUUUGAUCAAGCUGAUGCCCGCUUUGGAGAUUCACGCAACAGACAGUGUGGAGCCAUAAGUCUGACAGCGGUGUUGAAAAGCAAGCUGAAGAAUGUGCUGACAUGGACGACAGAAGAUCUUGAUGCUGUCUUGGUUGCAGGAACACACCUUUACGAGUCUUUAAGAAACCAGGGUAACAUUAAAGACUGUGAAGUCAAGGGUAGGAAUUACAUUGCAGUUCAUGAAUUACCCAGGAGACAUGUGCUGGGUAAUACUGCAUUUUCCAUCGAGUACACGCAGUCUCUGACUGGUUUUGUUAAUGUCAAUGAGUUCCAUGAGUAUGACGAAGCCAUAAGUGGUGUAGCCAUGCCACUUGAUGUAGCCCUUCAGCAAGCUCUUCUGAAUGCUGAUGCUUUCCUCUUAACUAUUUGUGCCAACACAUCUGUAGUUAUUAAGCAGGGAUCAUGGUAUGCAGUUGUUGACUCUCAUGCCAUCACAACAGACACAAGUUGUGUUGUGUAUCACAGUACCAUAGAGUCUUUGUACAACUAUAUUAAUGACAUGGCACAGUUGUUUGGGCAACCUAAGCCACCAUUUGAGAUAACUGGAGUUUUGGUUCAUGCAGAUGCAGAAGUUUGUGAUUCAUUGGAAGAAGAAGUUGGCAGCAGUUUUCCGUGCUCUUCUGUUAAAGCUCUUUACAGUGAAGUCUUAAAAGGCAAACCCAAGGUAUAUACAUCUGCAGAGACUGAGGUAAGGACAUCUGAUUUUCAAGUAGAGUCUGUCAAGCUCCGGCAAGCCCAGAUGAAGUACCCAAUGAAAAUGCAAUCAAAAUCCCUGAAAAAACCCAUGAAAACUAAACAAAAUGGUCCUGCAAAUUCACAUGAAAAUGUUUUGAAAGAUUGUCCACAGAAACCACUGCUGCAAGGUUCCUUUCAUCAAGGUGAUGCCCGUUUUGGAGACUCCCGCAACAGACAGUGUGGUGCUGUCAGUUUGACAGCAGUGUUGACAAGCAAGAUAAAGAAUGUGCUGACCUGGACAACACAAGAUCUUGAUGGUGUUUUGGUGUCAGGAACACUGCUUUAUGAAACUUUACGAAACCAGGGUAACAUAAAUGACCAGGAAGCUAUGGGUAGGCAUUACAUUGCAGUCCAUGAGUUACCAAGGAGACAUGUGCUGGGUAAUACAGUCUUUUACAUCGAGUAUACAGAUUCUCUGACCGGAUUGGUAAAUGUUGAUGUUUAUGAUGAAGCCGUUAGCAGUGUGGUUAUGCCACUUGAUGUAGCUCUUCAGCAAACUCUACUGAGUGCUGAUGCUUUCCUUUUGACUUUAUCUGCGAACACGUGUGCUGUCAUUAAGCAGGGAUCAUGGUAUGCUUUUGUUGAUUCUCAUGCUGUCAAAACUGAGACAAGUUAUGUUGCUUAUCACAGCAGUAUACAAUCUUUGUACAACUACAUUAAAAACAUUGCAAUGUCUUUUGGUGUAAAUGAGCCAGUAUUUGAGAUAACCGGAGUUAUGGUUCAUAUAGAUGCUGUUGACACUCAGUUGCUGGAAGAAGACCACAGCAGUCUUCCGUGUUCUUCAGAUAAAGUGCUUUACAGUAAAAUCGUAAAACGCACACCCAAGGUAUGUGAAUCUGUCAUGACUGAGGUAAGUGCAUCUCCCAUUUUAUUACCUGAUGAUGUUCAAAAUGCAACAAGAAAGAAUCUUCCAAUGCAUACAAACCAAGCUGUCAUGCAAAGUAAAGGUAAAAAAGCAAAAAGGAAAAAGCUGUUUGAUUUCCCAGACAAACAGUUGUCAAAAGGCCAUGUUGAGGAUGUUGUAACUGGUGAAAUGGUUAUUACCGACGUUACUAUUCCAGACAUAUUUUUCUGUCCUUUGACUCACGAAGAUCAGCAAGCUCUAUGUAAAGUUGUGCUUCUGACAAAUGAUAACAGUGACUGUAAUAUUGUCAUAAACUUUGGUCCCAUUGCAGGUCCGUGUCAGACCAAGAGUAUCAAAGCAGAUGUGAAAUACAAGAGGAAUGUGGGUUUUCAAACAAGAGUACGUGAGUAUUCAAAGAAGAAAUAUCUUCGAAACCUGGCUUUUAAAGCAAGAGUACGUGAGUAUUCAAAGAAGAAAUAUCUUCGAAACCUGGCUUUUAAAGCAAGAGUAUGUGAGUAUUCAAAGAAGAAAUAUCUUCGAAACCUGGCUUUUAAAGCAAGAGUACGUGAGUAUUCACCGAAGAAAUAUCUUCGAAACCUGGCUUUUAAAGCAAGAGUACGUGAGUAUUCAAAGAAGAAAUAUCUUCGAAACCUGGCUUUUAAAGCAAGAGUACGUGAGUAUUCAAAGAAGAAAUAUCUACGAAACCUGGCCUUUAAGGCAAGAGUAUGUGAGUAUUCCAAAAAGAAAUACAUGAAAACAAAGAAGGAACAGAAACAAAUUAAUUCUAGUAUUGCUUAUUUUCGACAGGAAAUAAGUAGAGGUCCAGAGUUUGUGUGCUGUGUCUGUCACCGUUUACUUUUCAGAAAGCAAGUAAAAGAAUGCAAAACUGAAUGCUAUGAAAAGAAAGGAGAACAAAUUGCUGCUUUGGCCAGAAGAUGCAUCACACUGAGGUAUGUUCAUGUUUGUGAUGAGAGAUGUUCUGAUAAUUCUAAUGUUUCUUCUGCCGAGUGCAAACUGUGGAUCUGUCCAACGUGUCAUCGAAAAAUCCUAUAUGGACAGUUGCCUGCGGAAAGUGUUAGUAACAACAUGCAUUUGGUAGAUAUACCAUAUCAGUUGAAAUGUCUUAAUUCAUUAGAACAACAUCUUGUUGCUCGUAACAUUCCUUUUUUGAAAUUGCUCUGUCUUCCCCGUGGGAAACAAUGUGGUUGUCAUGGACCAGUUGUCUGUGUGCCUGUAAAUACCUCUGACAUCUGUAAUAUUCUUCCAAGAAAUGAAUGUGAAGACAUGAUGGUAAGGAUCAAAUUGAAGCGCAAGUUAACAUAUAAAGGUCAUUACGAGUACAAGUAUGUUCACACUGAUCGUGUUAGAAAUGCUUUGAAAUAUCUAAUCAGAUGCAAUCGGUGGUACAAAGAUGUUGAGAUUAAUGAACGGUGGGUCAACUCUUUGGAUGAACCGCCAGAGAAUGUUGUUUGUGAUGAAAUGCAGGAACAAGAUGUUGAAAAUGGUGAUGAGCAAAAUGAUCCUGAAGAAGAAACUGAGGAAGACUUGACCUACAUCAAAGAGCAAUGUGGUCUUUUGUCUGACACGUCAUUACAACCUGUUGAUGUUGGUUCAGAAAUAAUUGAUCAACAUUUUCAGGAUGUAUUAAAUGUUGCACCAGCUGAAGGUAAGAGUCCUGUGAAAUUGUUAUCUGAUAAAACUAAUGAAGCUAAAUGUUUUCCUGUUCUUUUUCCAACUGGUGGCCCAACGUUCCAUGAUGAAAGGGAAGUUAAAAUCACACUGUCACGAUACCUGAAUGCGAGAAUUCUCAAUGCAGAUGGGCGUUUUGCCCAGAACACAGACUUCAUAUUCUAUGCACAGUAUUUGUCAGAAUUGGAUCAAAUUGUUUCUAAUGUUUCUAUUGCUUUACGAAAAGGUUCAGACAACAGUUUGUUACAGGCAAUUACAUCAGAUGUGCUCAGGAAGCCAGAAUCGUUAACCAAGUUGCUGAAUUACGAUGAAGGGUACAAGUUUUUGAGGCCGGUCCGUGGAACCCCACCAUAUUGGCAAAGCACUCAGAAAGACCUUUUUGCUCUCAUCCGACAACUAGGUAUUCCAACUUUCUUUGCAUCAUUCAGCUCAGCAGAUCUAAGGUGGCCUGAAAUGAUAAAAAACAUUCUUAAUCAAGAAGGUAAGAAUUUAAAUGUUGAUGAGCUUGAUUGGUCCGAAAAAUGUGGGCUGAUUAGAAGAAAUCCUGUCACUGCUGCAAGAAUGUUUGACCAUAGGUGGCAUUGUUUUUUGAAAGAUGUAAUUAUGUCUCCUGCUCAACCUAUUGGAAAGGUAAUUGAUUACUUUUACCGUGUGGAAUUUCAGCAGCGUGGAUCUCCUCAUGUUCAUUGUCUGUUUUGGGUAGAAAAUGCUCCAAAGUUAAAUGAAGACAAUGAAGACAAUGAUGCUUUGGUUGCUGCAUUUGUAGAUCGUUACAUCACUUGUGAGAUCCCGAGUGAGGAGGAUACUGAAUUGUAUGAGACCGUCAACAGUGUUCAGAAGCAUAGUGUCAGACAUUCUAAGACAUGUCGUAAGAAAAACACAGUUUGUAGGUUUAAUUUUCCACGACCACCAUCUAGUCGCACAUUUAUAUCAAGAGCAUAUUUGGGGAAAUGCAAUGAUGAAAAUGAGACUGCAAGUGCAAUUUUGAAGAAAAUUAAAAGUGCCUUAACAGAUUCUGAUGUUAAUUUUAUUUCAACAGAUGCAUUUUUUCAAUCUAUUGGGAUUGAUCAGGCUGUGUUUGAGAAGGCUUACAAGAAAUGUUCAAAGAAGAAAAGUGUUGUCUUGAAACGAAAUCCAAAUGAUGUUUGGGUAAACCAGUAUAACAAACAUCUUAUACGUGCGUGGCAAGGCAACAUGGAUAUCCAGUAUGUAACUGAUGCUUACUCUGUAGUGGUUUAUAUUAUUAGUUAUAUCACAAAAGCAGAGCAAGAAAUGGGACUGUUGCUGCAACGUGCACAGAAUGAAGCGAUGGAUGGAAAUGUUGAAGCCAGAUCAGCUUUGAGAAGGUUGGGAAGUAUAUAUCUACACAACAGGGAGAUCUCUGCUCAAGAGGCGGUGUAUCGACUAACAGGUAUGCACUUGAAAGAAUGUUCUCGCAAAGUCCAGUUUAUUCCAAUUGGCACAGACCCUGUGAAAAUGAGUUUACCUCUGCGUGUACUGCAAGCCAAACAUGAGCAAUCAGGUGAGAACAGUACUAUUUGGAUGAAGAGUCUCGUUGACAGGUACAAGAGUAGACCCAAAACGCAAACUUUUGAUGUUAUGUGUAUUGCAAGUUUUUGUUCAGAAUACAGGAUUUUGUCACAAUCUGAGAUUUCUUCCAAAAAGUCCUCCAAAGACAAAGUGGUCAAGCUUAACAACAACUGUGGUUAUAUGAUACGCAGAAGUCGAACCAAACCGGCAGUGGUCAGGUAUCCAAGAUUUUCACCGACAAAGGAUUCAGAGAAGUACCACCAUUCAUUGUUACAACUUUUUUUACCACAUUAUGAAGAUUGGCAGUUGAAGCCAGAUAAUUUUAACACUUAUGAAGAUUUCUACAGCAAUGGUGCUGUAAAAUGUGGAAGUACUCUGGCAAGUGUUAAGUGUAUUGUUGAUGCAAAUCGAGCAAUUUUUGAAAAGGAAAGUGAUCAAAUGGAUAGAGCUCAACAGCUUUUAGAGCAAGGUGUUGAUUUAGAAGAUGCUUGGGCUCUACUGUGCCCUGAAACUGAGAAAGAACGAGAUGAAUGUUUAAGUAUAAAAAAGAAAAAAGUAUUGGCAGAUGAAGAUGAUUCGGACACACUUAUUCCAGAUCUUGCAGGAAAUGCUCAAACUGCAUUUACAAUUGAUACUAGUAAUGCUACAAUGUCUAGAGAUGAAGCAUUGAGUUUACUAAGAUCUUUAAACACUGAACAAUCUGCAAUAUUUCACAAAGUCCGUAAAUGGUGUCUUCAGAAAGUAUAUGGUGAAAAUUCUGAACCAUUUUUCUUGUUUGUUACGGGUGGAGCAGGCACAGGAAAAAGUCAUUUAAUCAAAGCAAUUUACUAUGAAUCUUGUAGGCUUUUAUCUCAGCUGUCUGAUAACCCUGAUGAUAGAACUGUGAUUUUAUGUGCUUCAACAGGUGUGGCCGCUUACAACAUUGGUGCCACAACCAUCCACAACACCUUUUCUAUUGGUGCUAAUGUCAAGUUGCCAUAUCAACCUUUAAGUGAUGACAAAAUCAAUUCUCUGCGUUCCAAAAUGGCUUGUUUGCAAAUUUUAAUCAUUGAUGAAAUGUCCAUGGUUGACCAUUACCUUUUGUCUUAUGUUCAUGGCAGGUUGAGACAAAUCAAGCAAACUGGUGACUAUUCUGUCUUUGGAAAAGUAAGUAUUGUUGCUGUAGGAGAUUUUUAUCAGCUUCCACCUGUCAAAGGUACUCCCCUCUAUGCCGAUGCAAAAGGAGUGAACCUUUGGGACAACAUCUUUAAAAUUGCUGAAUUAACAAAAGUUGUUAGGCAAGAAGAUGCGUCUUUUGCAGAAAUGUUAAAUCGUCUGAGAGUUCGUAAAAAGAAUGAACCUCUGAAUCUAAGUGAUGUUAACAUGCUGAAGCAAUGUGAAACUGGUGAGGUAUGUACUGAUAUUCACAUAUUUCCUACAAAUUCAGAAGUUGAUGAAUAUAACAUGCUCAGGCUUCAUGAGUGUUGUCCCGACGUGAUCAGUAUUCGAGCUCGUGAUUUUGUGAGGAAUCCUAAAACUGGAAGAAUGGAACCCAAGGUUGGAAUGCAUACAAAAGUUUUCAACUCUUGUUUAUCUACAUUUGUUUCCUUGGGUGUUGGAGCAAGAGUAAUGUUAAAGAAAAAUGUGGAUGUUUCUGAUGGCCUUGUUAAUGGAGCCUUUGGCACUGUUGUCCAUGUAAGUGAAAGUCAGAAACACGAUGACCAUGACAAUGAUUUCCCCUCAGCUAUUCACGUAGAAUUUGAUGAUCCAAAUGUUGGUAAAGUUCAGCGAUCAAAACAACAGCCAAGAUUUUCCAGAAAUGCAACUGUUAUUGAAGCAGUAGAAGAUCAAGUCACAAAUGACGGUGGCAUAAGACGUCAGUUUCCACUGAAAUUGGCAUGGGCGUGCACUGUUCACAAAGUGCAAGGGCUUACAGUAGAUAAAGCUGUUGUAUCCCUUAACAAGAUCUUUGCUCCAGGACAAGCAUAUGUUGCAUUGAGUCGUGUUAGAACCAUUGAUGGAUUGAUAAUUCAAAACUUCAAGGAGUCUGCCAUAUAUUGCAAUGAUAAAAUUGAGCAAGCAAUGAAAAAUAUGAUUUUGUUCUAA